AUGGCCGCAACUAUGCAUUCAAGGAUCAAUCGGAGAAAGCUAGACAAGCUCAACAUUAUUAGAAUCUGUGAAGAGAUUCUAAAUCCUAAGGUUCCAAUGGCUCUGAGACUUUCUGGGAUUCUCAUGGGCGGAGUUGUAAUUGUUUAUGAAAGAAAAGUGAAACUCCUCUAUGAUGACGUAACCCGCCUACUGGUGGAAAUAAAUGAAGCAUGGAAGAUUAAAGCAGGUCCAUCAGAUCCAACUAUACUUCCCAAGGGCAAAUCUCAAGCCAAGUAUAAUGCUGUUACAUUGCCUGAGAAUCGCGAGGAAGACCUUGGGGAGAUUGAACGGUCAAUGCAAUAUUCAGAUGGAACAACUAUGAUGGGUUUUCAGCAGAGCUAUAUUGCCAUGAGACUGGACAAUGUAGAUGAACCCUACUUGAAUCAAAAUCCACAUGAAGAUCCGAACCCGAAUCACCACCAAGUUGAUGCAGCUGAUAUUACCUUAGUUGAUAGUUUAUAUUCACACCAGGCUGAUACGAGUACAUUCAAUCACUUUGAAAGGUUUGAUAUUGAAGAUGAUGAGUCACAGUUGAAUUUCUCCCAACCACAACAUACUCAGAUCCCUAGCAGUGUUAUACCAUCACCGCCUCCUCAAGAGGAGCCAAGGAAACCUGAUGAAAUCUUUGAACAACAUCCUGAGGAGAGAGUCAAUCAGAAAUCUGGGGAGAGAAAGGAAGCUAAUCAGCCCGAUCAAAUGAGGCAGAUGCCGGCUCGUAGGAGAGCAAGAAGGCCUGCAGCUAUAGCCAUGGACUACGAUCACAUGAUUAUACCUUGUCACACAUAUCAAUCUUGGCUUCGGAAUUCUUUUGAUAUUGUGUCAAAAAGGGGAAGAAAGCGAAAGAACUUGAAUGUCAUGUCUAAAAUGAAGAUAGCCAGGCUCAUGGAGCUACCUCCUGUUGUUCUAAUGGAGAGGUUAUUUACAGACAAUAGAGAAGUUCAUUAUCCAGCCCCUCUUUUGGAGCUGUGGAUGAGAAGUACCCAACCUCCACAUGAUUCACCCUCUGGUAGAACUUCCAUGCCCCAGCCACCUGAAGCAUCAUCAUCAACUCCAUCAGAAAGAAUGCAUUUUGCAGUGUCACCAGGACAUCCUUUUGAAGAUAUUCACAGUGGAAUUGGCUCCCAAUCAAUGCCAACUUCGAUUGAGAAGCUAGUGUCUCCAGAAAAAGUCCAUAAUAACGUGAUGCUACCUGAAUCCAAUGGACUGAGUGCAUCUAAGGCCAAUUUAAUGGCCACCCCUGGAAUCUCUGGCAAUGGAGCAAAAUCAAUCCCCAGCUCAGGUUUUGGAUAUGAUUUUGUAACACACAAUUUAGAAGUCAAUUCUGGCAGGUCCAGCAAGAAAAGACCCUACUCUUCGUCUAAGCGCAGUGGAAACAGCCUUGACACUGUUGAAGAGGAGUGGCACCAUUCUGACCUGAGCUUAAAGUUAGCUGGACGACCGGGGAAUGGUUUCACAUCUGAUAAUGAGGAGUUGGUGGAAACUGGACCAACACAAACUCAAAUUAUCGAUCAAGCACUUGACAAGAUAACUGAUUCAAUGAGAAAGCACUUGAAGACUCAUUUUGACACACCAGGAUCUGCCAAAGUAGAAUCAUUGAACCAGUUAGCUUUAGGGAUGAAUAAAAAGAGCGCAGCGUGUCUUUUCUACCAAACUUGUGUUCUUGCUACAAGAGACGUCAUAAAAGUCGAACAAAAGGAACCCUAUGGAGAAAUUCUCAUUUCCAGAGGUGCAAAGAUGUGA